CUUGGCUUAACUCCCAUCUCGAAGACCGGCGUAAACAAGCAACAAAGCAAGAGAAAUUGUAAGCAAUAAUGUCGAACUUUGUGAAUUUGGACAUCUUUUCAAACUACCAAAAGUACAUUGACAAUGAGCAGGAGCUCAGGGAGAACAUCCGCAUUGUGGUGCGUGAAAUCGAACAUUUGGCCAAGGAAGCGCAAAUUAAAUUGCAAGUUAUACACAGCGAUUUGAGUCAGAUUAGCGGUGCCUGUGGUUUGGCCCGAAAACAAAUCGAUGCCUGCGCCGAAAAGUACCAGAAAUUGGCCAGCCUGGUGCCAGCUGGUCAAUAUUACAGAUACUCCGACCAUUGGACCUAUAUCACUCAGCGUUUGAUCUUUCUCAUUGCUUUGGUUAUUUACCUGGAGGCGGGAUUUUUGGUCACCCGCGAAACUGUGGCUGAAAUGCUGGGAUUAAAAACUUCUCAGGCAGAUGGUUUUCAUCUCGAUGUGGAGGACUAUUUACUGGGAAUCCUUCAGUUGGCUUCAGAACUAUCCCGGUUUGCCACCAAUUCUGUAACAAUGGGCGAUUAUGAGCGUCCCCUUAACAUCUCGCAUUUUAUUGGAGAUUUAAACACUGGCUUUCGUUUACUGAAUCUGAAGAACGAUGGUUUGAGGAAGCGUUUUGAUGCCUUAAAGUACGAUGUCAAGAAGAUCGAAGAGGUCGUCUAUGAUGUCAGCAUACGCGGAUUGUCAAACAAGGACAAGGACCAGCAGGAGGAGCUGGCUGCUCCUGCAACCGAAUAGUGGACUUUGUACCUAGACUAAGAGACAGUUUAAUUAGGGCCUUAGUUAAGAAAUACGAGUUCCAUUUGAAAAUGCAUUUUAUAUUGAUAAAUAUAUAUCUCAUCUUUUGAACAGGA